GGGUUAAGAUCCUCCCCUGUGCUCUGUUCCCACAGCUGGUCAGCGAGAAGGUCGGAGGGGCCGAGGGGACCAAGCUCGACGAUGACUUCAAAGAGAUGGAAAAGAAGGUGGAUCUGACCAGCAAAGCCGUCACAGAGGUGCUCACCAGGACCAUCGAGUACCUGCAGCCCAACCCAGCUUCCAGGGCCAAGCUGACCAUGCUCAACACCAUGUCCAAGAUCCGGGGGCAGGUGAAGAAUCCGGGAUACCCCCAGUCCGAGGGGCUGCUGGGGGAGAGCAUGAUCCGCUAUGGGAAAGAGCUGGGAGAGGAUUCCAACUUCGGUGAGUGUCCCAUGGGAUCGGGAUUGGGAUCGAGGCUGGAGCGGGCGGAGCUCGGGAAGG